AGAGGGAAUAUAUGAAGGAGGAAGCGGAGGAGUGUGCUGAAGAUGAGGCGACUGAAUCGGAAGAAGACCUUGAAUUUGAUGAAAGAAUUGGAUGCCUUUCCAAAGGUUCCUGAAAGCUAUGUGGAGACGUCGGCAAGUGGAGGCACAGUUUCUCUGAUAGCAUUUAUAACGAUAGCUUUCCUGACUAUAAUGGAGUUCACGGUGUAUUGGGACACAUGGAUGAAAUAUGAAUAUGAAGUAGACAAGGAUUUUACUAGUAAGUUAAGAAUCAAUAUUGAUAUUACAGUUGCUAUGAGGUGUCAAUAUGUGGGGGCUGAUGUUCUGGAUUUAGCAGAAACAAUGGUCGCCUCUGCAGAUGGGCUAAUCUAUGAACCAGUAGUAUUUGAUCUCAGCCCGCAACAAAAAGAAUGGCAAAGGAUGCUGCAGCUGAUUCAGAGUAGGCUGCAGGAAGAACACUCUCUUCAAGAUGUGAUAUUCAAAAGUGCUUUUAAAAGUGCUUCUACAGCACUGCCGCCACGGGAAGAUAAUUCAUUACAGUCUCCAGAUGCGUGCAGAAUUCAUGGUCAUCUCUAUGUCAAUAAAGUGGCAGGGAACUUUCACAUAACUGUGGGCAAGGCAAUACCACACCCUCGAGGCCAUGCACACUUGGCAGCCCUUGUAAGCCACGAGUCCUAUAACUUCUCUCAUAGAAUAGAUCAUUUGUCAUUUGGAGAGCUUAUUCCAGGAAUUAUUAAUCCUUUGGAUGGAACAGAAAAAAUAGCAUCAGAUCACAACCAGAUGUUCCAAUAUUUUAUCACAGUUGUGCCAACCAAACUCCAUACGUAUAAAAUUUCAGCAGAAACUCAUCAGUUUUCAGUGACCGAAAGGGAAAGAGUAAUUAACCAUGCAGCUGGCAGCCAUGGGGUGUCAGGAAUAUUCAUGAAAUAUGAUAUCAGUUCACUUAUGGUGACGGUGACAGAAGAACACAUGCCUUUUUGGCAGUUCUUAGUGAGGCUCUGUGGCAUUAUUGGGGGAAUUUUUUCAACUACAGGAAUUUUACAUGGCUUUGGAAGAUUUGUAGCAGAAAUUAUUUUUUGCCGUUUCAGACUGGGCUCUUACAGAUCCACAUCGGUCCAACUUCCUGAUGGCCACACAAGCAACCACUUACCUCUGAUUACAGACAAUAGUACGCAUUAGUCUCCUGAGAAAACUAACUUUCUUUCUGCCUGAUACAGAAGACAUUUUUUUAUAAUAAAGAAAACAUUGUGCAAUAUGCUGAGACAGUGCUGAUGGGCAGCAAAAAACGAAGCCUUUACAAAAGAAAAAACCACCAACAAAA